AUGCUGCAAGUUUUUGAUGUAUCUCGUAAUGCAUUUACUGGCAAUCUCCCCCAUGAAUAUUUGAGGAAUUUCAAAGGGAUGAUUGAUGUACAAGAGAAUCAUCAAGGAGAACAAGAUGUGUCUCAAUUAUAUAUAGAUUCAUUGACAAUAACAAUGACAUUAACAGUGAAAGGAGGUAUACCUGCAUCUCUUGGAAACAUUACGGAACUCGAGUCGUUGGACCUGUCCUCAAACCGUUUGGAAGGGGAAAUUCCAACAGAGCUAACAAAACUCACAUUUCUUUCUGUGAUAAAUAUUUCAGGGAAGAUUCCUCAAUCCAGUGGCCAGUUUUCCACAUUCGAAAAUACAUCAUAUGUUGGGAAUUCUGGACUAUGUGGAAUUCCUUUAUCACGAACAUGUGAAGAGCCUUCGCCUCCAGUGAUGCUGCAAGAGGAUGAUGAUUAUGGUAUUCUAGAGGGAUUCGGUUGGCAGGCUGUUGUUUCUAGUUAUGGAUGUUGA